CCUACCACCAAUCCAAAUUCCCAAAAGAAGGAUGUCCGUGGACAAACUUGUGUCUAGCCUUAAGCAGAUUCACCUUUCUGAAUACCCCGUCGUCUCUCACGACCGUGUGGAGAACGGAAAGGAAUGGGCUGCUGCUCUUCAAGCUGCUAAUGACGUUCCUGCACACAGUCUUACGAAGACUGUCGUUUUGAAGCCCAAGACUCCCAAGUCUCAAGAACCCGUUUAUCUUGUUGUGGUCUCUUUGGAUUCUACACAGAGUCCUUCUUCCAUUGCCGCCAAGAGUGCCGGUUUCAAGGAGGCACGUCUUGCUGCUGCAGACGUUGUCGAGUCCGUUCUUGGUGUGAAGCCCAGUGAUGUCUCUGUCUUCUCUAUCACUAGUGGCAACAAUGCUCAAGUUAAGGUCGUGUUGGAUGACGCUCUUGUCAAGAGCGACAAGCCCCUGGCUUUCCACCCCAACACUGCCGACAAGACUCUUAUCGUCCCUGUCGCCGCUGUGCAACAAUACCUUGAAUCUGUCGGUGUGAAGCCUGUUGUCGUUGACUUCACUGCACCCGUUGCUGCUCCUGCUGCUAAGAAGGCCCCUGCUCCCAAGGCUGAUGCCUCUAAGGCUGCCAUCGAGAACGCAGCUUUGAUCGGUGUUACUGUGCGCAAGGACCUCGACUUCCCCGGCUGGUACCAGCAAGUCUUGACCAAGAGUGAUAUGAUUGAGUACUAUGACAUUUCUGGUUGCUAUAUCCUGAAGCCCUGGUCGUACUUCAUUUGGGAGGUUAUCCAAAAGUGGUUUGACACCGAGAUUAAGAAGAUCGGUGUUAAGAACGGUUACUUCCCUCUUUUCGUUUCCUCCCGUGUCUUGGAGAAGGAGAAGGACCACGUUGAGGGUUUUGCCCCCGAAGUUGCUUGGGUCACUCGUGCUGGCAGCAGCGAUUUGGAGGAGCCCAUUGCUAUUCGUCCCACUUCUGAGACCGUUAUGUAUCCCUACUACGCCAAGUGGAUUCGCAGUCACCGUGAUCUUCCUCUCCGUUUGAACCAAUGGAACUCAGUCGUCCGUUGGGAGUUCAAGAACCCUCAACCCUUCCUCCGUACCCGUGAGUUCUUGUGGCAGGAGGGUCACACUGCUUUCUUGACCAAGGAGGAGGCUGACAAGGAGGUGCACUACAUUUUGGAUCUGUACUCUCGUGUGUACAGCGACCUCUUGGCUCUUCCCGUUGUUAAGGGUGUGAAGAGUGAGAAUGAGAAGUUCGCCGGUGGUUUGUACACCACUACCUGUGAGGGUUACAUCCCUACCACUGGUCGCGGUAUCCAGGGUGCUACUAGUCAUGGUUUGGGCCAAAACUUUUCCAAGAUGUUCAACAUUGCCGUUGAGGAUCCCGAUGCCGAGCUUGUGAACGGUGAACGUCCCAAGCGCUACAUCUGGCAAAACUCUUGGGGUCUUUCCACCCGUACCAUUGGUGUUGCUGUUAUGGUGCACGGUGAUGACAAGGGUCUCAAGUUGCCUCCUGCCGUUGCCAGCAUCCAAGCUAUUGUUGUCCCUUGUGGUAUCACGAACAAGACGACUGAUGCUCAGCGUGCCGAGUUGGAGAACAAGUGCAAGCAAAUUGCCGAUAGCCUCGUUGCUGGAGAGGUUCGUGCCGAAGUGGAUCUGAGAAGUUACACUCCCGGCUACAAGUUUGCUCACUGGGAGUUGAAGGGUGUUCCCCUGCGUAUUGAGUACGGUCCCAACGAUGCCAAGAAGGAGCAAGUCACUGCCGUUCGUCGUGACACGUUCGAGAAGAUUGCCAUUCCUCUUGCCAACCUUGCCAACGGUGUUCAAGACGUGUUGGCAGCUAUUCAAAAGAACAUGUACGAGGUCGCCAAGAAGGCGCGUGAUGCCCACAUUGUUAAGGUUAAGGAGUGGAAGGACUUUGUUCCUGCUCUUAACAAGAAGAACCUUGUGCUUAUUCCCUGGUGUAACACUACCCCCUGUGAGAAGCUUAUCAAGGAGAAGAGUGCUCGCCAAGCCAAUGGUGAUGAGCCUGAAGACGAGAAGGCCCCCAGUAUGGGAGCCAAGAGUCUGUGUAUUCCCUUGGAGCAGCCUACUGGUGAGGACGCCAUUGUUCCUGGCGUCACCAAGUGCUGCUACUGUGGUGAGGAAGCUAAGGUUUGGGGUUUGUUUGGUCGUAGUUAUUAAGAAAGGGGCAAGAGCUAGAAGCAUUUUUGUUUUUACUUUCAUUCUUUCAUUUAAUAAAAAAAAAAGGAAUCUAUUUAGGGAACAAAA